CAGCAUGCCCCGCCGCCCAUCUCCUAACGUAUUCCCCGCCCCCCAGGGAACUCCAUCUCCCAGCAUCCCCUGCCAGCCCCCCACCCUACAGUUCCUCCGCCCGCCCCGGAAGUGGCUCCUCCCAUGAUGGCGGCGCAGUCGGACGGGCCCCGGGGCCCCCGGUACUCUCUCCCGGACGGGCUGUGGCUUGUGGCGGCGCUGCUGGUCUUUCUCUCCGACGGGGCCUCCGACCUGGCUCUGGCGGCCGAUUACCUGCAGCGGCGGCGGGUCAGUUGCUUCUGGGCUACGGUCCUACUGGUCCUACUGCCCUCCCUCCUCACCCAGAGCCUCAGCCUCACCUGGGCCCUCACCGACCGCUGGGGCCCCCCCGCCCGCGGCCCCCCCCGCACCCCCUGCUGCCGCCUCUGCGCCUGGCUCCUACACGGCUCCGUGCAUCUGCUCCAGCUGGGGCAAGUCUGGAGGUACCUGCGCGCUUUGUACCUCGGCCUACAGAGUCGCUGGCAGAGCCAGAGCCGCCACUUCUACUGGCGCGUCAUGUUUGAGAAUGCGGAUAUCUGUAUGCUCCGCCUCCUGGAGACCUUCCUGAAGAGCGCCCCCCAGCUGGUACUGCAGCUGUGCAUCAUGGUACAGCAGGGCCACGUGGAGCCCCUACAGGGUAUUUCAGCCUCCGCCUCCCUCCUCUCCUUGGCUUGGAUGAUUGGUUCCUACCAGAAGGUACUGAGAGAUUCUCGCGAUGACAAGAUGCCCAUGUCCUACAAGGGGGCUGUGGUUCAGGUCCUGUGGCACCUCUUCACCAUUGCAGCCCGUGCGUUGGCCUUCUCGCUCUUCGCCUCAGUCUUCCACCUCUAUUUUGGCAUUUUCAUUGUGACUCACUGGUGUCUCAUGACCUUCUGGAUCAUCCAAGGAGAGACAGAUUUCUGCAUGUCCCGCUGGGAGGAGAUUAUCUACAACAUGGUGCUGGGCAUCAUCUAUAUAUUUUGCUGGUUCAAUGUGCGAGAGGGCCGGACCCGCUGUCGGAUGGCCACAUAUUACAUCAUUGCGCUGUCCGAGAACGCCGUUCUCACUGCCCUCUGGUACGUGCACCGCGGAGCUCUGCUAAGUGACUUCUAUGCUCUGCUGAUUGUGUGCUCAGUGGUCUGUAGCUUUGCUCUUGGAGUAUUCUUCAUGCUUAUUUAUUACAGCCUUUUGCACCCCAAUGGCCCUAUGUUUGGGCCCUCGACCAGCAGCUGCGUCAUUAGUGAGGUUCUGGGCACAGAAGUUCCGCGGGGUCUCCCCAUACAGGGCUCGGAGGGUCUCCCUUCCACUCUGCCUCGGACUACAGGGCAGGAGAGGGACUGCGCGCUCGGGGACCGAGACAACUGUCCUCCAGUCUUCCAGGUUCGGCCGAGUGUUCCGCCAACCCCUGCUACUCGGCUCCCGCGGGCGGCGGGACCUGUUAUACGUAUCGAUCUUCAGCGAAAGAAAUAUCCAGCUUGGGAUGCCCACUUCAUUGAUCGGAGACUGCGGAAAACCAUUCUGGCACUGGAGUACUCCUCCCCCGCCACUCCCCGAGUCCAGUAUCGCAGUGUAAGCCCCCCUAAGGAGUUUACUGAGUACGAGACCACGGUGUGACGCCACAAUCUGUUGGGUGGACUUCUAUUGACGCAUGAGAGACUCUUUGCACCCUGAAUGGCACCUGAGAGACACCUGUGAGCCUGAAUAGGGCAGACAACUCCAUGCGGGUGCUGGAA